CAACAAAGCAAGGGAGUAGAAGCGAAGGGACAGGGGGAAUGAGGGGAGGUUAUAAUACAGAAGGAGAGAGAAAGAAGAGUUGUCUUUUUGUUGUUUUUCUGUCAUACAUUUCAUUUGCCAUCAUUGCUUUUUGACCUGUUCUUGGGGGAGAGGGAGGCCAGAGGUCAAGGGUGAGAAAGUGAAAAGGUCAAGGGCCUGUUUCCUUUGGGGUGGGGGUGAAUAUAAUGUAUGAUAAACUAACCAUGUUGAAUCUGCAAAGUGAGUCAAACUGGACUGGGCCAAACAACUGGUACCAUCAGCCAAACACUGUGCCACCACAACAUAGCACAGUGUCAGAAGGAUGUGUGGUGGAUGUGGAUGGUGGGAUGGGAGGAGGAGUAGGGAUUCAGGGAGAGAGGGAUGAGGGGGACGAGUCUCAGCUCCGGCUGCAGCUGAAGAGGAAGCUGCAAAGAAACAGGACGAGUUUUACCCAGGAACAGAUCGAGGCCCUGGAGAAAGAAUUUGAGAGGACUCAUUACCCAGAUGUCUUUGCAAGAGAGAGACUCGCAGCCAAGAUUGAUCUGCCAGAGGCACGGAUUCAGGUGUGGUUCUCCAAUCGGAGAGCCAAAUGGAGAAGAGAGGAAAAGCUGCGUAACCAGAGACGAUCUGGGGGUGGGACAUCCUGUUCCCAGGCACAUGCCCCCCUUAGCACUUCCUUCAACUCAGCUGUCUAUCACCAUCAACAUGGAAACAGCUCAGGUUCCAUGCUAAAUCGCAAUGACUCUUCGCUCCCCAGCUACAGUUCUCUAUCUGUCUUUUCAGGGGUCCAGUCUGUACCUCCUCAGUCUGCCCCCUCUUACUCCUGCAUGCUCCCCUCUUCGCCCACAGCCCCCCGGAACUUUGACUCAUCCCCUUACCCCUCCCCUCACUUGCCUCCACCUCCCUCAGCCAACUCUAACACAGGUCUCAUCUCUCCAGGAGUUUCGGUACCAGUGCAGGUCCCUGGCAGUGAACAGAGCAUGGGGCAGAAUAUGGGUCAAUACUGGGCCCGACUGCAGUGAGACAGAGGAAGGGAUGGAAGGAAAGGAAAGAAUGUGUGAGAUGAAAGGGUAGUUAUGAGGUUAUGAGAGGUUAGUCAAAGCACAUCCACACAAACUGUCAGUACAGACAAUGAAGAGAAGCAGAGAGAGAAAGAUGGAGAGACAGAGAGAAAAGAAAAAGGAAAAAUAUUAAAUAUAAACAAUAAACAAUAGUGGAGUUUUCAGAGUUACUUAUUGUCUGUGUCAUGCAAUAAAUUCACAAAAUUGAAUUCUCAGGAACAACUAAAAAACUUUUUUUUUUAAUUUACAAACAUUUCAUUAUUGUUUAAUUACAUGCAGCUUUAGGCCAGAUCUAUUGCACUAAAUCAUAUAAAGAAAAAUAAAUGUACAUACAAUAUUUUCCCCAGCAUUAGAUUUGUAUUUAUGCACAAACACCCCUCAAAAUGAAUCAAAUCAGUUCUUUAAUUCUGAUCUUAUCGUGGCUGAUUAUUAUCACAAAUAUUUCAUCUGACAUGUUAAGACCAUACUGGGCCAUUGUGACAUGCUGAAUUAAAUACAUAUCACAACAGCAACAAGAACAACAAGAACAGCCAAGUAUAGAGCAGACAGUGGCAAGUAAUUGAGCAUCAAACUGGAAAAAUGCUAAAGUAUAAGCAUACAACAAUAAGUGUUUCAGUGUACAUAUGGUGCCUAAAAUUAAAAUAGUCUUGCAGCACUCAUAGUCAAGUCACUACAAAUCACUCAGAGAUCUAUAGGUCAAGUAAGCUCAAAUAAGUAAUAUACACUAAAUGUGAGACAACAAAACUUACAAACAUUGAUAUAAUAAAGUAAGACUGUUAAUGGUGCAUUUAGAAACCUCUUACAAGCUUAUCUUGUAAUGCACUGUUCAAUAAUUUCUCAUGGAAACCCCACUAUUGGUAAUGGAACACGCAACAUGACAUGAAAGUGAUAACUGCUGAACAAGAAUAUUUUUGUUAAUUACUGUAGAUGAGAGAAAGACAAGGUCAAGCAGAAAAGGAAAGGGAAAUGAGGGAGCAAGAGUAUGUGUCCUAAAUCUGAUGAACAACAUGCCCUCUCUGUGAAGCAGUACUCGAUGAAGCAGGAGUGACCAAGGAUGAAUUUCAGCUGAUGACAAUCAAGCUCAGCCACCAGUCAACGGAAAGAGGUUCUCAGGUCAGCAAAAAAAAAAAAAACGCAAAUGAAGA